CUCAGUAAAACUUCGGGAUCAAUGUACAAUGAAUCUGUAACUCAUAUUGCAAAAGCGUUUUUGAUUCGAUAUGAUUUUUUUUAUUACGAUAACUGUAAUUGGUCAAUGGUAGUUAUCAACAAAUAUGGACGAAUUAGGCGUAUUUAUUUGCGGUUGCAUUUUCUUUCCUGCAUGCUUUAUCGCUAUAAGACAUUUUUUGUACAACUUUUUUGGCUCAAAGCUUACUGAUGCCGACGUCCACAAUGUCACAGAAAAAUGUGUAUCCAGUAUUCAAGCUGCAGCAGCAACCAUUGUGGGUUUAUUGAUAGCAGCUAAAUGUCAGACAAAUAUCAUGACAGACAGACACUGGUUGACCAAUACAUAUGCAAUAUUUGGGAUGCCUUACUUUUACUAUGACAUUUUUGCAAUGUACUGUACAUAUAUUUAUGUCAAACCUGAAGUGCAAUCCAAGCCUCUUCUACAAAGACUGCAAGAUUUUGCUGAAAACUCAAAAGCCAUUCUGAUGCAUCAUGUUCUUCUGCCACUUAUCUUAUUUCCAGCAAUCAUAUUUUUCCGUAAAGGACUCGGUGAUUUUUUUGUGGGAGUCCUAUAUAUGUGCGAAUUUACCAUUCCCUUCAUUUCUGCAAGGAUGAUUUUAGCUCAGUUACAGAUGAAGCACACCUGGUACUACAUUGUGGCUGGUCUCUCCAUGAUUGCGUCAUUCCUGUUGUCCCGUGUGCUGGUGUUCCCGUUCCUGUACUGGCAGUACGCGGUGUACGCUGGCCUCCCCCUGGAUCAGGUCCCCAUGCAGAUCCCUGUAAAGUGUAACAUUGGCUGCCUGAUGAUCUUGGUACCACAGCUUUACUGGCUCUUCCUCAUGGUUCGCGGGGCGGUCAAAGUGUUCUACAAAAUCUACCUCAAGUCCAAACUCCACUGACGCAGGGUAAAUCUGCAGAGAGUGAUGUCCUAGCCCUCUGUUACCCAUCUUUCAUAGUACAGUCAGUACUGUCUAAUCCAGCAACUGUGCAAUCCAUUUCACUGUAUAAUUUGAUUCUAAUCAUAAUUAUUCUUCAUUGUUUGUGUUCUCACACAGUGCAAUCUGACAUUUUGUCAUAUCUUAUGUCUCAUAAUGUCACUUAAAGCAUAUAAUAAUAAUGGUGAUAAUAAUAAUAUUAAUAGCCUUUAUUUAUCCAGGAUUACACAAAUUAUCAUACAGCUAGAUUUCAUUGUAAUCCUGCACAUAAAGGUUUUACUGUUAAAUAAUGUUGCAUAGUAUGGUAGAAAAGGUGAAAGUUUUUCUUCAUGGUUUGACUAAUGGGAAUUUAAUCUUUUCAAAUAAUUAAUACCAUUGAGGAAAAAGAAACCUUUACGAACAUUACAUGUUUUGCAAUAUUACUUGUCAUGAUAUGGUCCAUUGUCGCUAGCCACGGUUCUGAGUCUGGUAGUACCUACCCUACAUCUGACGUAGUGUAAACGGAGACAAUACGCGUGGCUUGUGACGAUAGAUAUUGUCAUGAGGCAACAGAGAGUGGUCAAUAUACCGAAAGGUAAAUGACUUCACUGUAUUUUUGAAGUUCAAUGAAUUUUUUUUUCAUUUCAAAUGAUAUUGCUUAAUCCAAUUGAUAUGAAAUUUAAACUAAUAAAUAGCUACAAAUAAACUUGUAUGAAAAAUUACAGAAAAUCAUAUUUUCAUUUAAUAAUUUUCUGACACUUAAAAGCUGGAGUUUAUGAUUUAAAACAUUAGACAAAAAAUUAUUUGGUGAAGAAAUUUAUCAACAAGUAAUACUUGCUUUUGAAUGAUUAAAUCUCGUAAAUGGUUAUUUAAAGGAAUAACUGGUAUUUCAAAAAUUAUGUUAAGAAAUGAAAAACAUUUCCUAAUAUGGUGUAGAUUUUAUAAAAAUUGGAUCAAAAAUGGCUUUAAUGAGAUAGUUUUAAAAGCAUCAUUUUAUAUGAAAAAGAAUUUUUAGAUUUUUAUCUGUUCUGGUACAGUACUUUGGUGUCUGGAGUUUCUUUGUGAUUAGCAGAAUGCGGUGCUUAUUUACACGUUAUGAUAUGUAACUGUGAUUAGCAGAAUGCGGUGCUUAUUUACACGUUAUGAUAUGUAACUGUGAUUAGCAGAAUGCGGUGCUUAUUUACACGUUAUGAUAUGUAACUGUGAUUAGCAGAAUGCGGUGCUUAUUUACACGUUAUGAUAUGUAACUGUGAUUAGCAGAAUGCGGUGCUUAUUUACACGUUAUGAUAUGUAACUGUGAUUAGCAGAAUGCGGUGCUUAUUUACACGUUAUGAUAUGUAACUGUGAUUAGCAGAAUGCGGUGCUUAUUUACACGUUAUGAUAUGUAACUGUGAUUAGCAGAAUGCGGUGCUUAUUUACACGUUAUGAUAUGUAACUGUGAUUAGCAGAAUGCGGUGCUUAUUUACACGUUAUGAUAUGUAACUGUGAUUAGCAGAAUGCGGUGCUUAUUUACACGUUAUGAUAUGUAACUGUGAUUAGCAGAAUGCGGUGCUUAUUUACACGUUAUGAUAUGUAACUGUGAUUAGCAGAAUGCGGUGCUUAUUUACACGUUAUGAUAUGUAACUGUGAUUAGCAGAAUGCGGUGCUUAUUUACACGUUAUGAUAUGUAACUGUGUUGUGAUUGAUUUAAAUCUGUGAUAACACACGUUCACAUUCCAGGUCACAUAUUUCAUGCUCCAUACACUAUUGACCUAUUUUAUACCAGUAUAGAUAUUUGACAGUUAUGCUAAUGGUGUAAUAGUAUUUUAACUUAUUUUAAGUACUUCUUGAUGAUUGAUUAUUUUUGUAUUUUUAUUGGUCGGAGGAAAUGAGGCCUCCAUACAACUGAAUUAGCAUUGCUAUUCAAUGUCAGAUUUGUCCAAAUGUUGUGCAUGCAUCUCCAGUAACAUUAUUUAAUGAUAUAUAUCUGUACAGAUAGAUAUUAAUUUAUUUUGCAACUUUAUACAUGUUUUCAGAAGUAAGAAAACUGUAUGUAGAAAGAAAUUGAGGUGUUUUUUCUUAUUUAUAUGGAGAAUUAAGAGAUUAUAGACCAUAUGACCUAAUUCUUACAUGUAUGUCUGUAAAGAUUGAGACCUGAAACAUAUAAAGACAGUAUUUCUUUUGGAGAUGGACAUUAUGUAAGAUGAGAGAGAGAAAGAUGUCACUGUUCAAUAAUUCUUCUUAAUAUCCAAUGUUAGUCUUGAAAUGCUCUGUGGAAAAUGGACACCUUGAUUUGCAAUACAUUGUAUAUAUAUAUAUGUAUAUUUCUUUUUCACAUGGUACUAGCUAUGAGCUAGUUUGUCAUCACAAUGUGAAUAACAUUUUCAGCUUUUCAGGUUUCAUAGUUAUGAAAUUGAAGGAUAUUAAUAAAUGUGCAAUAAAUUUUUUAGAAUGCCA